AUGCUUGAUAUGGAGUGCUUUUCAUACUUGACCCGUGCUCUUGAGAGCUCAUUAUCUCCUAUAGUGAUAUUUGCAACAAACAGAGGUGUUUACAACGUAAGAGGGACUGAUAUGCCAAGUCCCCAUGGUGUCCCUAUUGACUUGUUGGAUCGGUUGGUCAUUAUCCGGACCCAAAUCUAUAAUCCCUCUGAAAUGAUACAGGUUAUUUUGAUUCUAGCCAUUCGUGCACAAGUGGAAGAGCUAACAGUGGAUGAAGAAUGCUUGGUCCUACUCGGGGACAUUGGGCAAAGAACAUCCUUAAGGUUUAAGACUAAAGAUGACCCUUCUUACCAAAAAAAAAAUGACAAAAUUCUCUAUGAUGAUAUAGAGGAAGUAACAUCACUCUACCUGGAUGCCAAGUCUUAA